UUAGGGUCAAGUCUAACAACGUUUCCGGGGUUCGGAGAAGCCAGGUCCCUACCAUGUACGAUUUACGAGCACCACAGUUCUAUACGAAGUACGGCAGCGCUCUUGGUAUGUGUUGAGCAUCUGGUCUUGUCCUCGCAAUUUAUUACAAAGGAACUUGCUCUUCCCGCCUGUGUUUGCUCAUGGCCCACGACCAUCUUUCGCCGUAUUGUCACCAAUCAACAUGACAUCUCAACUAGCAACAUACCCAAUAAUUCCUCUCAAUCUCAGAGAACACAAGAAGAGCAUAGCUGUACACUUCUCGGUCCUCGUGUUCUUCACCAGCAUUCUCCCAGUCGUGCUAUAUUUCAUACUCAAGUACGGAGCUUCGUUAUCACCACAUACCACAUUUAUUAUCAUCCUUCCAGUCAUCGGACUCCCAGCGCUUCUUGGCUUCGUUGUUCGUACAUACAAACUCAUCCGCUUCCAAGACUAUCGUCCGCUGGGAUGCGAUACAUGGUGGACCUUUGAUUACUUCCACUUCAACUUUAUACUCGGCAUCAUCUACGUCGUCAUCCUUUUCACGUUUGGCAACACCGAAGAUGAGACAAACAUGCGUCUUCUAUCGCUAUAUCUGCCUUUGGUGAUGUUCCAACUCUCGGGACAAUUCAUUCUCGUAAGGCUCUUGGACUUCUGCGGUCUCCGCACACCUUUCCGAAUUUCCUCUUCUCCAAAAGGCUCUUCGAUACCGUCUGGUGCGGCUGUGGUGGCAGAGGAUAUCAUCGCCGUAGACGGUAGCUGUAAAGCUGAGUUCCGAGCUGCCUGGCAAGCUCGUCUUGCCAUCAGCUCAGCAGCAGCGCGUGCAGCCGUUCGCAUGGACUGGCUUUGGGGUGUUUCUGGCCUGUCGUGUGGAGCUGUCCUCAUGGUCAUCGUUUUCACCGCGGACAACCCGGACGUCGGUUUCGCUUUGGCUUGGACAAUCCCUAUCGUUUGGGGUGCCAUCAUGGCAUACGUGACGACACAGAUCAUCAAGAAGACGACCGCACUCGAAAGACAACAUUUCGAAAACGACGGUGUUGAAAGACAGAACGUCUCAAGUAUCGCUCUCAAAGAUCAUGCUCCGUCGACCACUCUUGUGGAACGAGUGUAG